AUGGACGGCGACAGUUCAACGACAGAUGCCUCUCAGUUGGGAAUGUCAGGGGAGUACAUGGCAGGAAGCCACUACGUUCUCCAGUCACAGGACGGUAGGUGGUGGAAUUCACCUCACAGACUAAGCACCCCUAAUCAUUAGCGCCCUAUUCUCUGACAUCCACAAUGCCUUGGUCAGAAUAACAUGGGUGCCCAAUGCUGCUGGACACCAUCAGAGCACCCCUAUAUAAACAUAAAGAUACUGAAAUGGGCUCUGCCACCUUUCAUAAGCCCAAAGGUGCUUCACAAAUAACCAGGCUUACAUACUGUAGUAAUCAUAAAUGAUCAGGCUUGACAUGGACCAAAUCACAUGUAGAUUUGAUCUGGAUAGAAGUAGAGAAGAUUUGUAUAGGCACAAUGUGGUGUUGAAUAGGGAUGUAACAUGCCCCUCUCCCUGACAGAUGACGGUGAUGAGAGCCUGCAUGACCAUGAGGAAGGCAACGGCAGCAAGGAAAACUUCCGUGAGCAGGACAUCUACCUCCCCAUCGCUAACGUGGCUCGCAUCAUGAAGAACGCCGUCCCACAGACAGGAAAA